UCCAGCAAGAAUCGGAAGAAACCCGUUGCUUUGUAUGACAUUGGCGGACAGGCGAAAGAUCGCGUUCAGAUAGGAUUUGCGGAGACCUCUGGAAGCCGCAACAAGCUGUGCAUUCGUCGAAUGCAUAGUGGUAACAUUUAUGGUAUGGUUGAUGGUUCGAUGAAUUAUGAAUUGCCCAAAACUAUACAAUCAGUUUUAAAGAAGAUCAUUUCUUCCGCUGACCACAAGAACGAUUUGCCAGCGAUUCUGUUGGAAGCUCAUGAGGCUCUGGAAGAGAGUGGAGAGCGGCUGGGCGCCAGCUGCAUACUUGUACACAUCGGUCCGAAACUAUCAAUCUCAUAUGUGGGCAAUAUCGGUGCAGCAGUGAUAGCUAACGGAAGUUUGGAAAGAUUGACAGAACCUAGUGAAUUGGACGAGGAUCAAUAUGAUCGCAUACGAUCUGCUGGGGGAACAGUUGAUGAGAACAAUAUGAUUAACGGAAUAACACCAAAUCAACGACAGCUUGGAUUCUACAGUCUUCACCCUAUAGUGACGCCAAAACCAAUCAAUAAAUCAAUAGCGAUAACCCGUGACAUCGAUUAUAUACUUAUGGCGAGCUCAGCAGUAUGGGAAUUUUUGAGCGAUGUACAAAUUGCCUCUAUCGCAACAACUGCUGUGAAUCCACAGAUAGCAGCAAAGACAAUUCAGGAUGCUCUCCAAGCUUGUGACUACAAUGGAAAUUCUUGCGUAGUUGUUAUGAGAUUGCUGAAACCUGAACUCGCUUUCAAGUGCACAUCGGCCUCUCUUAUGGGAAUGUCCAUACCUCCUGUAGUGCCUCCUAUGAGAGCUGAAAAUAGUAAGGAUCCAGAAGAGACUACAUUGCAGAAAAUCGAGCAAAGGUAG